GGCAACCCAAUGGAUCCAAUGGUAAUGAAAAGACCUCAGUUGUUUGCAGUCGGCAACAGUCCCCAUGCCCAGUCACAGCCCAGCAGUCCAUAUCCAGGGCAGUCAUAUGGGCCAUCAGGUCCCCAGCGUUUUCCAAUGGCAAUGCAGACCCGAACUCCUGGUUCCAUGGCAGGAAUGCAAUAUCCACAGCAACAGAUGCCAUCUCAGUAUGGUCCACAAGGUGUAACUGGUUACUGCCAACAGCCAUAUUACAACCAGCAACCACAACCUCAGCACCUGCCUCCUCAGACCCAGUACCUCUCCCAGGCCCAGCAAAGGUACCAGACGCAGCAGGAAAUGUCUCAGGAAGGCUAUGGAACUAGGUCUCAACCCCCAGUCACCCAGAACAAACCUAACCAUGAAGAACUGACCUUAAUCCAACAAGAGAGGCCUUCAAGUUUACCAGUUGAAGUUUUAGCCACGGAGGAUGCUUCAUUUGGACUCAAGGAUUUAUCAGGCUCCAUUGAUGACCUGCCUACUGGAACCGAAGCAACAUUGAGUUCAGCCGUUAGCGCAUCAGGUUCUACCAGCAGUCAAGGGGAGCAGAGCAACCCAGCACAAUCACCUUUCUCCCCUCAUGCCUCUCCACAUCUCUCCAGCAUCCCUGGGGGCCCGUCCCCUUCCCCCGUGGGCUCACCAGCUGGAAGCAAUCAGUCAAGGUCUGGUCCUAUUUCUCCUGCAAGUAUUCCAGGUAGCCAGAUGCCAUCACAGACUCCUGGUACCCAAUCAGAAUCUAGCUCCCAUCCUGCCUUGAGCCAAUCCCCAAUGCCCCAGGAUCGAGGUUUUAUGACAAGCAUUCAAAGAAACCCUCAAUUGUCACAAUAUGCAUCUCAGCAGACUGGACCUUCUAUGUCACCCCAUCCUUCACCUGGAGGUCAAAUGCAUUCUGGAAUUGGGAGCUUUCCACAAAGUAAUUCAAGUGGUACUUAUGGAGCUCAGAUGAGCCAGUAUGGGCCACAAGGGAACUACUCCAGACAGUCAACAUACUCUGGAGUGACCAACGCAAGUUACAGUGGACCAGGACCUGGUAUGGGUAUAAACGCCAGCAACCAGAUGCAUGGACAGGGUCCAGGCCAGCCUUGUGGUACCAUUCCCUUGGGACGAAUGCCAUCAACUGUGAUGCAAAGCAGACCGUUUCCUGGAAAUAUGAGCAGUAUGACACCCAGUUCUCCGGGCAUGGCUCAGCAAGGAGGCCCUGGGAUGGGGCCACCCAUGCCAACUGUGAACCGUAAGGCCCAGGAGGCAGCUGCAGCAGUGAUGCAAGCUGCUGCCAACUCCGCCCAGAGCAGGCCACCAUACAUUCGGUCGCCUGCUUAUCCCAGCCAGUCUGGGGCUGGCGGACGCCCCAUGUUUUCUUCACAGCACCCCAACUAUGGCAACGCUCAGGGUCCCAUGAUGCAUCAGCCUGACCAGUACGGGCAAGGCAGUUUUCCUGUCAUCAAUCAGAGUGGCAUUAUGGGAUCCAGCUCUCCAUACACCCAACCAAUGAACAGCAACUCAAGUUUGAUGAACCCUCAAGCUCCUCCUUACAGCAUACCACCUAACAUGGUGAACAGUUCCACAGCACCUAUGGGUCUUGCAGAUUUGAUGACUCAAGCCGAGUCCAAAUUGCCUGUUCCUCUCAAACCGGAUGGAAAAGAAGAAGGACCUCCUCAGCCAGAGAGCAAAAAGGAUAGCUACAGCUCUCAGGGUAUUUCUCAGCCCCCAACCCCAGGCAACCUGCCAGUCCCUUCCCCAAUGUCCCCAAGUUCUGCUAGCAUCUCCUCAUUUCAUGGAGAUGAAAGUGAUAGCAUUGGCAGCCCAGGCUGGCCAAAGACUCCAUCAAGCCCUAAAUCAAGUUCCUCCAACACAACCGGGGAGAAGAUCACCAAAAUGUAUGAGCUGGGAACUGAGCCAGAGCGGAAAGUUUGGGUGGAUCGCUAUCUCAACUUCAUGGAAGAAAGGGGAACACCUGUAGCUGGUCUCCCUGCUGUUGGCAAGAAGCCACUGGAUCUUUUUAGACUCUAUAUUUGUGUUAAGGAGAUUGGUGGGUUAGCCCAGGUUAAUAAAAAUAAGAAGUGGCGUGAGCUGGCUACCAACCUAAACGUUGGCACUUCAAGCAGUGCAGCCAGUUCCUUGAAAAAACAAUAUAUUCAAUACCUCUUUGCCUUUGAAUGCAAGAUUGAACGAGGGGAGGAACCCCCUCCAGAAGUCUUCAGCACUGGAGAUACUAAGAAACAAGCUAAGAUUCAGCCGCCAUCUCCUGAAGGGAGCUGCCAGAAGACCCAGGAAGGAAAAUUAAAGACUAAAGCAGGAGUGUCCAACCUUGGCAACUUUUAAGACUUGUGAA